GAUUUCUCUACUGACAGAACCAGAGUCGAUAUUCUCCUGCUCAAGAUGCUCUCGAUGACCCUCCUGCUGGUGGUGGCUGUCGCAGCCGUAGUUGCUGACGAAGUCCCCGAUUUCGUUAUCAAAGGCAAAUGUCCUGCGGUCGACGAGCAAAGACUUUGGCAAGAACAACUGCCUAAACAUUCCAGCUUCGGAGGCGUUUGGUACCAACAAGCUAUCUCGACGAACCCUUAUCAGCUUCUUAAAAAAUGCGUCCGAAUCCACUACGAUUACAACGGUAAAGGCUUCGACGUCAAGACUGUCGGCAUUACCACCGAAGGAAGCCAGCUCAAGAGAAAGGGCGUCCUCACGCCCAUGCCCCUCGGAGAUCCUCAUCUCAUGAUCAACCUCGAAAACUCCUUCCCAGCGCCCCUCGUAAUCCUCGACACCGACUACAACAACUACGCCUGCAUGUACUCCUGCAUGGAGUACAACUACGGCUAUCACUCGGACUUCGCCUUCUUCUUCGCCCGAGCUCCCGAGUCCUACGACAAGUACAUCGCCAAAUGCAGAGCAGCCUUAGACAGCAUAGGAGUCGAUCCCAACAGAUUAAUCAAGACCGAGCAAGGCAGCGGGUGCGAUUACGAGCAAUUGACGAAGCUCAUCAAAGAUGAACUGUAAAAGAAGAUAUCAAACUGGGAUUUCUUUCUCAUUUUCAAACCACCAGCAUCCGAUAUUUUAAUAUUCCUUUCUUCAUUUUAUAAUGUUUUAAUAUCUAGUGACUUAAUAAACACCAAAAGAGUAAUA